AUGGAAUUCAUGACCAAGGCCCGCCACGAGGCAGAAAUCCGAGAUCGACUCCACGCACUAGACUACCAAGUUCAUGCUCUGAAGUUAGGCAGCGGAUCCUUGUCUCGCAAGUUUGGCUUAAAUGAAAACCUUGAAAACGAUGCAGGGUCUUUCUUAGCGGUCUCGGAAUCGCUAGAGGACGGUGAGAUUCUCGAACAUCCUUACAUCGACUAUUGGCCUGCUGCGCGCAAGCAAGGUGAGAUUCAACGGCGAACGAAGGUUUUGGAGAAUGGAAUUCGUACUAUGAAGUGGAGUGUUGGGCUCCCAGAUACGAUGUCCAACCCAGUCACUUCAGGCCUAGUCGAUGCAGCCAAAUCUGUCCCCCCUGCGGAGACUUACUGUUUAGCCCCUCAGUUUGAAGCAUUGCUCGAUGAGCUCCAUAACUCUGAGAUGAUCGAAAAGAACAAGCGGUUGUACUACACCAGCACGGCGGCAGACCCAAAGCAGCAAAGGGAGAACGAAACCAUGAUGGCUUUCCAUUUCAGACGCCACGAGAAUCCCAAUCUAGCUGGACCUAUUCCUCACCUCAACCCCAAGUUGCGAGUUGGUAGAAAAAAAGCCAACCCGCACCCCUCUCUUUCUAUCAAGCACUCCAUUGUCAGAGACUUUAUACAUGACGCUGACCGCAACAUCAGGAAUGUUUCCUGCAGUCUAUACCUACACCGCGAGUGCAAGGCAAUGUACACACACACCUUCAACGAGCUUGACUCUGACAUGUUCUACGACUGGCAAUGGCUGCGUUCUCUGCAAUCAGCAGAUGUUCUUGCCGGGGACAUUGAGGUUCUUUGUCUACGAAAUCAAAUGGUUCUUGAUAUGAUUGACAACAGAGAAGACCGUAUCUUUGAGGAUCGCGCUGCACUGCGGCCUUCCAUUGUCUUUGGUCGUCUGAAGCCAGGUUUUCGCGAGAUUGAGAGAGCUGGCUUUCGCGUCUUGGCGUGGAGAUUAUGCAAGGUUGAUGGGGUUGUGCCCUUGUGGCUGGAUCGACAUGGCUUCUGGAUUUCUGGCGUACCUGACCAUAGAGAAUGCUAG